AUGGCCUAUCUCAUCAAUCGUCAGGUGGUCAUGACCGUGUUGUGCUCCACUAUGCCGAGUGGCCAUUGGUUGAUGCGUUUGAUGCAGUUUCCGGACGUUUACAGCAUUCACCAAUCCAUGGUGUGCGAUGCAUGCGCAGGUCAAACAGAAACGUGCGUUCAUCGUUUCUAUCUACGACCAGGACACAUCGAUCUCAAACCAGGUCGCAAAGGGCUCGUAGAGCGAGUCAUGGAAAUGUUAGUCGAGGGUUAUUACCAAAGAGAGGUGAUGGGUUACUCCUGUGCCGAGGGUGCAAUUAAACAACCAGUGUUUCCGGCCAACCUCAUCGCCCAGGUAGUCCGACACCGUCGCAUGGACUUGACGGACGAGGUGCUCAACACUGUGCAAACCGUGGCAGUAGUCAUCGAUCCCGUCCAGGCAGCAAGUAAAACCAGUGGUAUCGGGUUAUGCAUUUUACUGAAGACGACGCAACAAUGUUUUUACGUAAGUAGCUCAUUGCCUUCUCGGCAGUUCGCUUUUCCAACGGCGAUUUGACUGUGUAGUUUUUUCACAAGAGCCUCAAGACGGAGAUCCCGAUCGUCUUGAAGGUUUUCCGACGACCAAACUCGCAGCGUUCCACAUUCGUCUCUCCUCGAUGCCAGGAAGCAUAUCGUCAGAACACAUUCCUCAAUUGGUGAGAAACUGGACGUUGGCGGAGUUUUGCGCGCUAGAGUGCAAAUCACGCUGUCGAUCAGCGGCCGAGUUAGAACGUGGGUCUCAUCCAAGGGGAAAACCAAGCAAGAUAAUGCACAAAGCCACAAUAUCCAGAUGGUACCGCGCUCGGUCUUGAUUGCCGAGGAAUGCCAUAAUGCCUCCACGAGGAUAGCGAAUUUACGGGGUUUCCCAGUCUCACAACACAUGACCGCUAGGGCAUCCAACCACGGAGAGGCAGCGUUAGGAGGAGGUGACGACCAUGCAUCACUCGGAGUCAAAUAUUCGAUGGUCUUUUGUCUUACCGUGGAAUCCACGUCGUCUUCCAUUAGACGCGCGAGAGGAUGAUCGUAGCCCAGUACACACAUGGCGGUCUCAUGGCAUUCGGCGGCGUGUCUGAGUUCGGAAGCCUUGUGUCUACGCUGUAACUCGUAGACGGCUAGCACGAGUUCUUCGACGCGAUUGGCGACACAGUCGCGGUCAUAUUGCGUAGGAUGAAAGAGUUGCACGGGAUCUCUACAAAGGAUCCUUGUGGCUUUUACUGCGUCUCUUGGUGGUUGCUGCAUGGUCUGCAAAGCAAUGAUUGUUUUUUUUUUCGUUUAGGUUGUGGCACUCGAUCAGUACAACGUGGAACCCCACGAGGGAGGGUACAUGACGGCCAUUCACCGUGACCUGAUCCUCUACAACCUGAGAAAUAUC